AUGACCACGUGCUUCUCUAGUUUGCUCUUCAUUGUUUUACCAUCUUUUCACUACAUCUUCUUCGUGGAGAAGAAGACGGAUAUAAAAGUGAAACUGCUCGGCCCAGUUGGUUUCUGUUUCUCGUCUACGAUUAAAUACUGCUUCUUUGGUCUGAAAGGGCCUUUCUUCCAACGAUGUAUCCAGCACGUCAAGAAGGAUUGGAAAACGGUGCACGAUCCAAAUUAUCGUACGAUCAUGCUGAAAUACGCGACAGUCAGCAGGAAGCUCAUCACCGUUUGCGCAGCUUUCUUGUACAGUGGUGGAAUGUCGUAUCACACGAUAGUGCAGUUUCUGUCGAAGGACAGGAGAGGGAAGAAUUACACGUUCAAACCAUUGACUUAUCCUGGCUACGAUUCGUUCUUGGACACUCAGUCUAGUCCUACGUACGAAAUCGUGUUCUUUGUUCAUUGUUUCGCAGCAAUGAUCAUGUACAGUGUCACGACAGUUGCGUACAGUUUGGCCGCGAUCUUUGUUACCCACAUUUGUGGACAGAUUCAGAUACAAAUAGCAAGACUACACGACUUGGUGAAGAGUAAAGGCAGAGAGCAUGGUGAACGUGAUCUUCUGUCUGUUAUCGUGCACGAUCAUGUGGAGAUUCUAAGAUUUUCGAAAAAUGUAGAAGAAGCUUUGCGAGAAAUAUGCUUGGCGGAAAUCGUCGAGUCCACGAUUAUUAUGUGUCUGCUUGAAUAUUACUGCAUGAUGGAAUGGCGCAACAACGACGCAAUCGCGAUAAUGACUUAUGUCACUCUGUUGAUCUCCUUUACGUUUAAUAUAUUUAUAUUUUGUUACAUAGGCGAACUCCUCUCUGAACAGGUAGUUGCAAAAGAAUUUCUGCAAAUCGGUACAAAUUCUUACAAAAUCGAAUGGUACAAUUUACCAGCUAAGGAUGCUUACGAUCUUAUUCUUUUAAUCUCUAUAUCUCAAUAUCCACCGAGACUUACGGCCGGAAAAAUCGUCGAAUUAUCUCUCAACACUUUUAGCUCCGUGACGACAUACAUUACAUGCUGCAGAUAUGUCAAUGGCUGUUGAAACUAAUCGGACUGACAGCCACGCUAGUAAAUUAGAUGGCCAUAUGCUUCUUCGACAUAUUCUUCGUCACCUUGCCAUUUGGCCAUCACUUCUUCUUCAGAAAGAAAAAUACCCGCAUGAAAAUAAAAAUAUUGAAUCCAAUUCACUUCUGUUUAUACAGCACGAAAACUCAUCGUGAUGUGCGUUGUUUUUAUACACACUGAUGGAAUGUCGUAUCACACGGUGUUGCAGCUCUUGUCCAAGGAUCAAUCUAGACAGAAUUAUACGAUUAACACUAGAACUACCGAGAUAGAUAUAUCAUGGAUUUUGAUUGCGGUUUUUGUGGCCAAAUUCAAAUACAAAUAGCAAGGUUGCAAAAUUUGGUAAAGAACCGUAACUGUGUUUUGCUGUUAUCGUACGUGAUCAUACGCUCGCUUCUUUCCACAAGUAUGAAUCGAUUUGCAACUAUAAUGAUACAGAUGCACGCACGCGAUAUCACGAGCGCAAGCUCAAUAACCUCGCAAUCAAUGCACCCACACCACACGUUAAAACAGUCGUUUUCGCGCUGCCUGCGAACAUGCAUCAGCCCGAUCGAGAUCACGCCGAUCAACCGCGAAAUCCACACUACGACGACGACAUCGUUUACGUAACGAAACACAGCAGAUGGAUUCUAAAUUCAAUCGGGAUUUGGCCAGCCGUGUUCAAAGGCAUCGGCAAGUUUCUACCGAGAAUCGCGAUCGGACUGAGUAAUUUAGCGUUGCUCUUUAGUGUGGUGCAGUGCGUGCUACACAUUAUACUGGACCAGAAGGAUCCUCUGUUAAGAUUGAGGCUCUUAGGCUUCGCCUGUUACUCUUUAGUCUCUCUGAUGAAGUAUUGGGCUCUGACAGUGCGCAAGCCGAAAAUCAAGCGUUGUAUCGAACAAAUGCAUGCCGACUGGAAGCAGGUAGAAUUCGAAAGAGAUCGCACGUUGAUGCUGAAAUACGGGAAGAUCGGGCGAGAUCUGAGCAUAUACAGCGCCGUGUUCAUGUACAGCGGUAGCAUGUGCUACGUUACAAUCAUGCAGUAUGCAAUAGGACGACAAUCACGAAUGGACGACAACAAUCAUACGAUCAAAGUGCUAGUGUAUCCCACGUACAGUGGUUUCUUCGACGUACAAAGAAGUCCCAUCUACGAAAUCGUCUACGUAUUUCAAUGUAUUUGCACGUUCAUGCUCAACACCGUGACAGCUGGUUGUUGCGCAUUGGCUGCGCUUUUCGCAACGCACGCCUGCGGACAGAUCGACGUCGUCAUGUCUCAGUUAGACGACCUGGUGGACGGGAAAUUCGCCAAGAAAGAUCAGAACCCGGACACUCGGCUGACGGAAAUCGUGCAACAUCAUAUGAAAAUUUUAAACAAACUGUUGUCCAUCAUUGAUCAAAGACAUAUCGCGUGCCAUUGUAGAUUCUCUGCGAUGGCCCAGACUGUUCUGCAGGAAGUGUGCUUCUUCGAAUUUAUUGGCUCCACGUUUGUAAUAUGCUUGCUCGAGUACUAUUGCAUAACGGAUUGGCAACAAAAUAACAAGAUUGGCCUGGCAACGUACUCGAUGCUGUUAAUGUCCCUCACGUUCAAUAUGUUCCUGUUGUGCUACAUUGGCAAUCUACUGAUAGAAAAGAGUACGAACGUUGGAAUGUCAUGUUGCAUGAUCGAUUGGUACCGCUUGCCAAUCAAGACCAGUCAAGACCUCAUUUUAAUAAUCGCCGUGUCAAACAACCCGGUGAAAAUCAGCGCCGGUGGAAUCGUUCACUUGUCUCUGUCCACAUUCGGAAAUACGCACGCUUCAUUGAUGAGUAACAAUCGAUUCAAAGUUUUACAACAGAUGCACGCACGCGAUAUCAUAAGCGCAAGCCCGACGACCGUGCAAUCAAUGCCAGCCGGUGGUCUCGUUUUCGAGCUGCCCGCGAACAUGCAUCAACCGCGAAAUCCGAACUACAAGAAGGACAUCGUUUACGUGACGAAACAUCUGAAAUGGAUCCUGAAUUCCAUCGGGAUCUGGCCUGCCAUGUUAAACGGAAUCGGCAAAUUUUUACCGAGAAUCGCGAUCGUACUGAGUAACUUAGUGUUGUUUCUCAUCGAAGUGCAGUGCGUGCUACACAUUCUACUGGAACAGAAAGAUCCUCUGUUGAGACUCCGGCUCUUAGGUUUGGCUUGCUAUUCACUGAUCUGUCUAAUGAAGUAUUGGGCGCUGGCAGUGCGCAAAUCGAAAAUCAAGUGCUGUAUCGAACAACUGCAUACAGAUUGGGAGCAGGUCAGGCGUUGUAUAUUUGAGGGGCUAAGUGAAAAAGUGACACGUCUUAUUAAUGUUGUAGAGGAAUUCUACACGAAUUACAAGGAAAUUUGCACAGUCGGUAUUUCACACCGGAGAAUAAUUGAACGUAAUCUAAUAAAAAUCAAUCGACAGGUGGAACAUCAAAGACAUCGCACGUUGAUGCUGAAAUACGGGAAGAUCGGACGAGAUCUGACCAUUUACAGUGUCGUGUUCAUGUACAGCGGCAACAUGUGCUACAUCACAAUUCUACAAUACGCAAUGGGAUCGCGCGUAGACGAAAAUAAUCGUACGAUCAGAAUGCUAGUGUACCCAACGUAUAGCGGUUUCUUCGAUGUCCAAAGAAGCCCCAUCUACGAAUCUGUAUACGUUCUCCAAUGUUUAUGCACAUUUCUGCUCAACGCUGUGACGUGUGGGUGUUGUGGAUUGGCUGCGCUUUUCGCAACACACGCCUGCGGACAGAUCGACGUCAUCAUGUCUCAGUUAGACGAUCUGGUCGAUGGGAAAUUUUCGAAGAAAAAUCACAAUUCGAACACACGGCUGAUGAGAAUCGUACAACGUCAUACGAAAAUAUUAAAGUACAAAGACGAAGGUAAAAAACAUAUCGCGUGCUAUUGUAGAUUUUCUGCGAUGGUUGAAACGGUUCUGCAGGAAGUGUGCUUCUUCGAGUUCUUCGGCUCCACGUUCGUGAUAUGCUUGGUCGAGUACUAUUGCAUAACGGAUUGGCAACAAAAUAAUAAGCUUGGUCUGGUCACGUACUCGAUGCUGUUAAUAUCUUUAACGUUUAAUAUGUUCUUGUUGUGCUACAUUGGCGAUCUACUAAUAGAAAAGAGUACUAACAUUGGAGUGUCAUGUUGCAUGAUCGAUUGGUACCGCUUACCGAUCAAAACAACACAAGGCCUCAUUUUAAUGAUCUCCAUGUCAAAUAGUCCGGCGAAAAUUAGCGCCGGUAAAAUCGUUUACAUAUCUUUGCCUACUUUCGGAAACGUACGUUUUUUACACAUAUCGCCAUCUGUGUCUUGCAAUUGAAAAUUUAUGUAAUUCCGUAUGCCCGUAAACAAAGCGUAACUUCAUCUUUGCAGGUUUUAAAGACGUCAUUCGCGUACUUAAAUUUCGUCCGGAAUGCCAUUAUGUGA